AUGGAUAGGUCAUGGAUGCAUGCUGAUAGGAAGUCUUACAAAUAUAAGUUAGGGGUGGGACUAUUUUGUCAAUUUGCUUUGGACAAUGCUAAAGAUCAGAACCACAUUUGUUGUCCUUGCACAAACUGUGGAAAUGUGGAAUACUUCUCUACUAGUGUGAUAAAGGAUCAUUUAUUUGUGAAUGAGAUUGACCCUAGUUAUGAGAAAUGGAUAGAGCAUGGGGAGGUUGAUGUUGAGUCGGCGGGAUCAGAAAGGGCAGAUUGUGAAGUUGAAUUGGAUAGUGAUGUGCGGUUGGAAGGUGAUGAGGAUGAGGAGAUUUCAGAAGAGUGUAAUGAAUUCAGGCAGUUUGUAGAGGAUGCCAACAAACCCUUAUACCUUGGUUGUGAUAGGCACGCCAAGAUGAAUGUACUUGUGAGGCUUUACAACUUGAAAGUCAAGCAUGGUAUGACUGAUGCGGCUUAUUCGGAUUGGUUGAUUGCCUUUUCAGAGUAUCUUCCUACUAGAAACGAGAUACCUACAUCAGUGUAUGAGGCAAAGAUGGUUUUGAGUGCUCUAGGAAUGGAUUAUAGAAAAAUCCAUGCUUACCCCAAUGACUGUAUUCUCUACAGAAAACAGUAUGCUGAUGAAAUUCGAUGUCCUAGAUGUGGUAUCUCAAGGUGGAAAGUAUGCAAGAACAAGAAAGAAAUGGAGGGAGUACCUGCAAAAGUAUUGUGGUACUUUCCUCCUAUUCCUAGGUUUAAAAAGAUGUUUCAGUCAGUUGAAACAUCUAAGAAUUUUACUUGGCAUGCCAUAGAGAGAAACAAAGAUGGCUUCAUUUGCCAUCCCGCUGAUUCAAAAUCUUGGAAGUUAGUGGAUGAAAAGUGGCCAGAUUUUGGUUCAUUCUGA